UCCAGAAAAGUCAGUCUGUCCAGGAGAAGUGAGGACUGUGCAGCGGAACGGACUAUCGCGCUGGUUCAGGCUGUGUUUGAAGUGUUUUCUCGCUGUUUUCCUACAACCUGACAGUCCUGUUGUUAAACCGCCGGAGACAGUCAUCCUGCGCUGUUAGAAUACAUUUGACCGCUGUCCGUUUUAAUGGACUCGACACGAAGUUCAGCUGAAAGAGUUUCUGUCAGGAGGCUGACCUCUUACACUCACUAACAAGGGACUAUGAAUCUGUGUUUGGACAGUAUGGACAUCCUGAAGAUUGUGCUGCUCAUCUUGGAGGCUGUGUUACUGACUGACUGUGUGAGAGGACCUCCUCGAGUGUCGGACAGGGUCACUCACAGACAAACGGCCCGCUUGGGAAGCGCCAUCAAGCUGCCGUGCCCAGUGGAAGCAGACCCGCCUCCCCUCAUCCGGUGGACCAAAGACGGACGCAGCAUCCACAGCAGCUGGAUUCGCUUUCGUGAGCUUCGGAUGGGCCUGAAGAUCAAGGAGGUGGAGGCCGAGGACGCUGGGACCUUCAACUGCCAGGCAACUAAUGGCUUUGGGAGUGUUAACGUCAACUACACCCUGAUCAUUAUCGAUGACUCUCAUUCUGAUAACACAGGACCAGCUAAUGGAGCAGAACCUGAACCGGGCGGUGACAAACUUGCUCGUCCUCGCUUCACGCAGCCUGAAAAGAUGAGGAGGAGAGUGAUAGUGUGUCCCGUGGGCAGCACCGUGCGCCUUAAGUGUGCGGCCAGCGGGCACCCCCGACCGGAAAUCGUGUGGCUGAAGGACGACAGGCCUCUGACGGAGCAGGAGGUCGGAGAGGGCCGCCAGAGGAAGUGGACUCUGAGUCUGAAGAAUGUGAUACCAGGACACAGCGGCAGAUACACCUGUAAGGUCUCCAAUCGAGUGGGGGAGAUCAACGCCACAUACAAGGUCGAAGUCAUCCAAAGGACAAGCUCCAAACCGGUUCUGACGGGUACACAUCCCAUAAACACCACGGUGGACUAUGGAGGCACCACGUCCCUCCAGUGCAAAGUGCGGAGCGACGUGAAGCCGGUCAUCCAGUGGCUCAAGCGCAUUGAGUCCAACGAGGAGAGCCGCUACAACUCCACCAUCGAGGUGGGGGACCACAGGUUUGUGGUGCUGCCCACGGGGGAGGUGUGGUCCAGGCCCGACGGCUCCUACCUCAACAAGCUGCUCAUUAGCCGUGCCAAGGAGGACGACGCUGGCAUGUACAUCUGCUUAGGCGCCAACACCAUGGGCUACAGCUUCCGCAGCGCAUUCCUGACUGUGCUGCCAGACACAAAGCCCCCUGUCUCUUUGCUCCCUAUCAACACCAGCUCCCUCCCCUGGCCCGUCAUCAUCGGCAUUCCUGCCGGAAUAGUCUUCAUCUUCGCCACGGUCCUACUGUGGUUCUGCCAGAGCCGGAAGCAUUGCCCCCCUCCCAGCGCUCCGGCCCCGCAGCCGCUGCAGAGCUCCCACAGGUCCCCGUAUCGAGAGCGUGACCGGGGCUGCCCCGCUGCGUCGUCCAGCUCCUCCAGCCCAGAUAAAGACUGCCUGAGCUCCAUGAACUAUGAGGAGUACCUGGCCCAGCAGCAGCUCCUCCUCAGCCAGGCUGGACCUAGCGUCCCGCCCAAAAUCUACCCUAAAAUCUACACGGACAUCCACACGCACACCCACUCCCAUGUGGACGGGAAGGUGCACCAGCACCAGCACAUUCAUUUUCAGUGUUAGCCUCGGCUUUUGUGAACUGAGCAGGUCCUGAAUGACGUUCACCUGCCAUCCUUCUUCCAGAACGGUUGCUUGGAAAACUCAGAAGUGUGUGUGCAGCUGACGAUGGCCAGUGUGUUAUCCAAUAAACCUCCACAUUUCAGUGCUUUUUCUACUUGUUAGAAGCUCACACCACUUUUAUAACGACUCUUGUUGUGCACUUGAUACAAAAAGCAGGUUUUUACAGGAAGCAAGUCCAGCUACGGGUCUCUUAUCCAUCUGAGAGACGUUCAUCCGCUGGGUUUUCCUAAACAAAUAUUUGAAGCUGACGAACACUGAGUAUGCAGAUUAAAAUGGUACAAAAGAUUCACAGAAGGGCUGGUUUAAAGCUCCAACUCAGGUUGUCAAUGUGUUUGUUAAAGAUGCAUUUUUUAGGAAUGCCGACCACUAUGCUACCGUUCUCCUUCCCUCUCUUCUGUUCCUUUUUAAAGCGGACUGGUAGCUCUUUAAGGCAUGCAGAUGUCGCCAAAGACUGCAAGAGUGGAGAGGCUGUGUUCCCACCCUCCGUGUAAACUGUUCUGGUCCUCUGUAACCUUAUUUAACUUUCUUUCUGUAGGUUCCCAUUAUUAGUCUUUAGCAUGUUGGGAUGAACCAGCAGAGACCACCUCCUUAUCCAACAACAGUUUAUUAAGCUGUAGUCAGAAUAUUUAAUUUAUUUUCUUAAAAAUGUAUCAAAGGUUUAUUUUUCAGAGUAAGGCAUUUUUCAUAUCUAUGUAAUAAUAAUAAUAAAGUAUACUGUUUGUGUAUUUUA